AUGAAAUUGUCUGGGUCUCCUUGCCCUCUUGAUCAGCUUUCGAUAAUAUGUUUUAAGCGAUGUCCUUAUCUGAGAACUUACCUCAGUGAACUAAUUCAUGAAGUUUGGCUAUCUGGAACUGUCCCGAAUGAAUGGAAAAAAGCCGGUACUAUAUUAAUACAUAAGAAAGGUAACACUGAUGACCCGUCAAAUUUCCGUCCAAUAACACUUGAGUCUAUACCAUUAAAAGUAUUUACACCUUGUCUUCGAAACGCAAUAUAUUCCUUCCUCGCAUCCAAUAACUUUAUCGAACACGGCAUACAAAAGGGCUUCACCCCUAACUUAUCUGGCACUCUAGAACACACUGCGCAAAUGGCUGACAUCAUCAACAAAGCCCGGAUCAGACAACGUGCUGUUGUCAUCACCUUACUUGAUCUGAAGAAUGCUUUCGGCGAAGUCCAUCAUAAUCUCAUCCAAUCAGUACUCGACUACCACCACAUCCCAGAACACAUAAAAUUCGUUAUAAAAAGUUUAUACACUGAGUUCCAAACCUCAAUAAUUACCUCCGAAUUCCGCACCCCUUUUAUAUCUGUUGGCCGUGGCGUAUUGCAAGGAGAUUGCCUCAGUCCUCUUCUUUUCAAUAUGUGCUUCAAUACUUUUAUCCAACAUAUCAAAGCUGAAAAGUACCGUCAGUUCGGCUUCUCCUUCAAGCUAUUAAAUCCUAUCCACUGGUUCCAAUUCGCUGAUGACGCAGCCGUAAUCACUGGCCAAGAAUCUGAAAACCAGCAUCUCUUAAAUCGUUUUUCCAUCUGGUGCCAAUGGUCCAAUAUGAUUAUCAGAGUCGAUAAAUGUAGUACCUUUGGCAUCAAGAAAGCCAUCACAAAAUCAGUCCAAUAUUUACCGAAACUCCUCAUCAACAAUAAUCUGAUGCCAACAAUAAAGAUUGGAGAAGCGUUUCAAUAUUUAGGACGUUACUUUGAUUUUAACAUGUCGAACGAUAACCAUAAGACUGAACUAACCACUCUCGUUAAUGAACUAAUGAAUGAUAUUGACUCGAAGCCACUCCACCCAAGAAAUAAGCUUCUCGUGUACAGUCGUUAUGUCUUAUCCAAAAUAUCGUGGCAUUUCACUAUCGCAACACUUUCUAAAACAUGGGUUAUUGAAGAUAUUGAUUCCGUAUAGUCAACCAAUACAUGCGUAAAUGGCUUGAAAUUCCAAUCUCAGGAACACUAAGUGCUGUUUUUUCUAACUCGCAACAAAUUUGGUGAAAUUUACCCAAUGCCAAACAGUUCUUCGAAAAGCUUUAAAACUUUCUCCUAAUCAAUCAAUCAACGAACUGUGGAAAUCUACUAAUACUCAUACUAAUAUCCAAUACGACUUUUAUAACUCAACCAAAGAAGUGCUCGAAGACUUUCGGUCUGAACAUGAAGAUAAACUCCAAAAUCAAUUAACUUGUCAGGGAUCCUUUUUCUCUAGUGUGACAAAGUUCUCCUUGUCGCAUCUUAGCAAAGUGUGGUCUACUGCUCAAUCAAAACUUCCGAAAAACAUUUAUAACUUUACCAUACGCUAUAUCAAUAACUCUCUUCCGACACGCAAGAACCUUAGCAGAUGGGGAUUGUCUUCAAGUUCAGAAUGCUCCUUUUGUCUUGGCCCAGAAUCAUUAUUGCACGUGGUUGCUGGAUGUCAGUGUUAUCUCGAUCGAUUUACGUGGAGACACAAUUCAAUCCUGAACUUCCUUGCCAAUACCUUGCAAACUGUGAACGGUUCUGCCCUCUACGCUGAUGUGCCUGGAUUCAAAAGUCCGUACAAAGUAUCGCCCGGAUUUGUUGCUAUCGUUAUCAAAUGGCUCUCUUUAUGUGGUCUAGCUCACUGUUGGCUAUGA